GAAGAAGCUCAAGUCUCUCGGAUAUCAAACCACAGUCUACAGUUAAACCUCACACUUUCUUCCAAUUUCCAACACAUCUUGUCAAGUAAACUCGAUCACUAUGAUCCUCCCCCGCAUCAUUUCCCCCCUCCUGCGCGUCGCGCAAUUCGUCUGCGCAGCCAUCGUCCUCGGCCUCACCGCGUACUUCCUGCACCAACGCGAGAAAUACGGCGUAGGUCCCUUCGGCCGUCUCGUCUACAGCGUCGUAAUCGCCGCCAUAUCCGUGGUCCUCUCCCUCAUCUGGAUGAUCCCUACUACCAGCUCCAUCGUCAACUACGCCACCGAUCUGCUCUUCUGCGCAGCCUGGUUUGCAGCCUUCGGCGUCCUUCAGGACUGGUACGAUGAUGCGCUGCAGUGUGGUAGCACGUGGGAUUGGCGUGGCAUAGGAUUCUGGAAUGGCUUGUGUGGGCAGUGGAAUGCUGCGCAGGCGUUUAGUUUUCUUGCGGCGGUCUUUUGGUUUGCGAGCUUUAUUCUGGGGAUCUUGGCGCAUCAUCGCAACGAGAGGGCGACUGUUGCUACAGAUGGAGCAACUUCGCGAAAGCGCUGGUUCAGGCGAUCUCGAGUCUAAGACUGAACGUGUUGAUGCAGGCCGAUACUCGCCACUCGAGUAUGCAUAACCAGUGAUAGGUACUUGAUAAAGGACUUGAAAGCAUGAAGUGGUAUUGGAGGUUUGCAAUGAUUUUUCGAUGCCCGCGAGA